CCACACUGCCCAAGCGGACGUCACUAGUACACUUAUUUGAUGUAAAGAAAGUCACGUUGGACACAAUUCACCCGGGCGCCGAGCUGUACUUACUCAGGAAUCAUGACGAGGACGAUCCAGGGAGCUUGUAGGUUAUGUCUGCAUCAUGUCGCUCGUCUCCAAAGAAAUCCUGGCUCAUCACUGCAGUGCUCCAGAAGCUUCAGUGCACUCAGGGAAGGAAGGCGCAGGGGUUUGUUAUGGAAGACGCUGGCCACCGUCGCUGUGGGCCUGCCAGUGGCGGCGGCGGGCGUGCGGUACGCCGUGUCGGACCAGAGAGAGCGGCGGAAGAUGAGGAUAGUGACUGAAGGAUUUGGUCGGUUUUGCAGGUCUCUGUCUGUGGGACUCGUGAUAUCGGUGGACUAUUGGUGGACCACCAAUGUGGAUCUUCAGGGUCUGGAUGAGAGCAGCCCAUCCUACGCGUCGGCGAUGUCGGCUUGCCACCAGAGAGCAGCGGAAAGCAUGGUGGAGGGUGCCAUAAAGAACGGCGGCAUAUACAUCAAACUCGGUCAAGGUCUGUGCUCCUUCAACCACCUACUGCCGCCCGAGUACAUCCGCACCCUGCAGGUCCUGGAGGACAGAGCGUUGAACCGGCAAUACAAAGAGGUGGAUGCUCUUUUCCAAGAAGACUUCAACAAAAGGCCGCAGGAGAUUUUUCAAACCUUCGACUAUGAGCCCAUAGCUGCCGCCAGCUUGGCUCAGGUUCACAAGGCCCAACUGCUGGAUGGAACCUCCGUCGCUGUGAAGGUGCAGUACAUUGACCUCAGGGACCGCUUCGACGGCGACAUCAGGACAUUGGAGAUCCUGCUGGACAUAGUCAAGUUCAUGCACCCUAGCUUUGGAUUCCGAUGGGUCCUCAAGGACCUGAAGGGGACUCUGGCUCAAGAGCUGGACUUCGAGAAUGAGGGCAGGAACUCUGAGAGGUGCGCCGACGAGCUGAAACACUUCAAGUUCAUCGUGGUGCCCAAAGUGUUUUGGGAGCAAACCAGUAAGAGAGUGUUGACUGCAGAGUUUUGCAACGGUUGUAAGAUCAACAACGUGGAAGAAAUCAAAAGACAAGGACUGAGCUUGAAAGAUACUGCAGACAAGCUGAUCAGAGCGUUUGCUGAGCAAAUAUUCUACACGGGAUUCAUCCAUGCUGAUCCCCAUCCUGGGAACGUUCUAGUGAGGCGUGGUCCAGACAACAAGGCGGAGUUGGUGCUUUUGGAUCACGGCUUAUACGAAUACCUCAGCCAACAUGACCGUGUGGCUUUGUGUAAGCUAUGGAGGUCUAUAGUCCUGCGAGAUGAGGCAGUGAUGGAACUAUACUCUAAUGCCUUAGGGGUCAAAGAGUACUUCCUCUUCUGCGAGAUGCUGCUGCAGCGGCCCAUCAAUAUGCGCGAGUUGCGGCUGUCCAACAUCCUGAGUCGAGAGGAGACGGCCUACAUGCGCCAAAUGGCCAUCCACCGCUUCAACAGCAUCAUGCAGGUGCUCAAGUCCAUGCCCCGGCCCAUGCUGCUGGUCUUCCGCAACAUCAACACGGUCCGGAGCAUCAACAUCGCUCUGGGAGCGCCUGUCGACCGCUACUUCGUCAUGGCCAAGAGUGCGGUGCGAUGCUGGGGGAAGAUCCAGGCAGAGAGAUCCAGUAUGCUGCACAGAUUCUGGGUCAUCCGCUGGCUGUGGACGAGAUGGGAAGGCCUCAAGUUCGAGCUCGCUUUGAGAUCAGAGAUGGCGAUGAUGAGAGUGACCCGCUCCUUGGUAAACCUGCUGAGCUACUUGGGUCUCAUCUCUCUGGAUUCUGACAUGUACGAGUACCUGACAUAGUGCUCGGCUCUCCUACCUCACGUCAUGUACCUACCACUUGGCAAUCGGGACCUGGCUUGUCUCGAAGUCACUCCAGCAAGCUUGCCGGGCUCGGCUCGCCAAUCACAAUGAACUGAGGAAAGAGCUGUAAAAUGCUGUAGUUGCUAAUGUCUGCUUACACUACCCGUACCGCCCUCUGAACUCUUUAAAGCUAAUUAUGUUUUUAUUUAAGGAAAUUACACUUAGGUUUUAAAUAUAUUAACAAUUAACAAAAACAUUAAGAUGCUUCUGUUUUAUAAAAAACAAAACAAUCUGUGACAUUCAUUUUCCAGUGUCAUACGUGUUAGACAUUGGGUCAAUAUGAUUGAUUGAGAUGAAUGCCAUUGCCGGUGUUAGUUUCCUGCAUUGUUAAUUUGUGAUUUAACUUGAGUGCGAGGGGAUUUUUCUGUUUGCAAUUUGGCUCCAUUUUCUAUUGAAGAAAAUCUAAAUUCCAAGGUUAACGCAACAACCAAAAUGUUCAAGUUUAACAAAUUAUUCUACCUCCUUUUUUCAGCCUUUGUCAUUAUUAAGAUGAUGAACAAAUGAAAAUAAAACACGUUUUGUA